AUGCUCCAGACCAACAACAACUCGCUGGUCCUGCUGACCUAUGACCUGUGUGUCAACUCCUUAAGUGAGCUGCUCAGGGCAGCGCCCGUCAUCCAGCUAGUGCUGUUCAUGUACGACAUAGCCUCGCUGUUCAACGUGAUCAUCAUUCUGCUGAUGAUGUUUAACACGUCCGUGUUCCAGGUCGGUCUGGUCGCUCUGCUACUGGAGAGGUUUAAAGGCUUACUGAUGCUGUGUGCCAUCUACCUCACCAUCAGCAUCUCCUUUCACUGCUCGGUAGUGGUACUGUUGUAUUACUACUUCUACAAACGGACGACAGAGUGUCUGGGCGACCCGCGGCCGCAUGACGAUUCUGGCUGA